CGUUCGAAGCCGGUCGUCGGUUGGCGGUACUUGUAGCGUACAUAUUGGGCCUUCAAUCGGUACGAAAUCUUGAAACAUUGCAGCCACAUAUCGGCUGGACGCUCGCUUUGCGGUUAAUAUUUGUAGUGCGAGCGCAGUUGUUGUUGCCGUCAUCUUCGUCGUCGUGAAAGUUGUGUCUACUAUUUAGCUUUAUUAUUUGGUGGUGUUGCUGCUAUCUGCAAGAAAUUAUUCACCAAAGUGACACACAUGCAUACGUGUUGGUGUUGUUGUUGUUAUGAUAAUCGUUGUUGUCUUUCUACGUGAGAAUCCGUGUGCGUGCGUGUGUUUGAUCGCCUCCUGAAGCGCUCCUGAUGACGCAUAGCGCCGUACGGUCGUAAACUCUUAGUAGAAUACCUUAAAAAUCAACGCGAACACACUUACAACUACAUGCAUGCGUCCACACCCAUACAAACGCAAGUGCUGCGUGCAUUCCGUAUUACGGCCCACGGUGAAGUGUGUCACUUGUGAAGCAAUGAAAAGUACGAAAAUGCAUUUGAUUCGGAGAGCGCCGAACGCGAGCUCCUAUCGGGAAAUAAAAAUGCGCAAAGUUCAUGGUCAACUGUUGUCACAGAACGCGUCUACGCGCCGCUACAGCGGCAGCCGGGUGUUCAUACGCCCACGCGUGCAAUUUCGCGAUUGAGCCGAAUCGUGUUCAUAAUAUUUUCGACUAGUGCAACGCGUCCAUUUUGAAGAAAAGUUUCGCUUUAUUAAGCGUUGUGCGAUAGUGAUGAAAAACUCGUUCGCGGCCGCAGCGAAAAAGAUAAAAAGUUUGUAUUUUGGUGUUCUCAAGAGAUGAAAAAUGUGCCAAUGGUCUUCUGUGUACUAACAAGCUUCUGUUUUUUAAAACCAUGGAAAAAUAAUAAAAUAAAUAAAAUGAAAGUUAAAAAGUGCAUGCGAUCUAUGCAUUGGGACCAACUAUGGUUCUCAGCCGAAUAAUCCUUCGAGAGUGUAAUGAGUUGCAUGGUUUCUUUCCGCACUUUUGUGGCUUGCCUUUAUAUAUGUAAAAUAUAAAACAAUUUACUAACCAAAACUAAAAAUUUAAAAAAAUCCCGAAAAGCUAUAGUUAAACCAUACAAUUAUGUUCAAAGUGCUGUGUUUAUUACGUUUAAAGCUAAAAAUAAUUUUUACAAUACCAAUUGCUGUGAUUAAGUUUGAAUUAUGACGUCCAUUACAAUGAAUAUGGUUUUUUUAAAGGAUUUACGAACGCGCAUCAGAGGAUAUAUACACGGUGACUACAUUAAACAUCCCGUCCUUUACGAGCUCAGCCAUAAAUAUGGCUUCACCGAUAAUCUUCCCGAGAGUGCACUGCCUAACCGCCUCGAGGAAAUCAAAGAGGCGAUACGGCGUGAAAUUCGCAAAGAGCUGAAAAUUAAAGAGGGUGCCGAGAAAUUGCGCGAGGUAGCCAAAGAUCGACGCUCCUUGAACGACGUGGCUUCAAUUGUGAAGAAAAGCAAUAGCAAAUUAGCCGAGUUGAAAUCGGAGUUGCAAGAAUUGGAGAGUCACAUUCUCCUAACGCAAGGCAACUCCGUGAGCAAUGGCAGAGAUGGCUACUCCUCGAAUUUAUCCACGCCAACGUCUACGUUGGGCGGUAGCGUCAGCAGCUUGGGCGGUGGCAAUGGCGGUCUUAUUGGUGGCGGACACGAACAGCUUUCGACGAACGACAAAAUGCUCAUCUCACUGGAGAAGCAACUGAAUAUCGAAAUGAAAGUGAAGAAUGGCGCUGAGAAUAUGAUACAGUCAUUGGCGAGUGGCCAUCAUGGGCGUGACAAAAAACUCUUGGCUGAAGCGCAACAAAUGUUGGCCGAUUCGAAGGCGAAAAUUGAGUUCUUGCGGUUACGCAUCCUCAAAGUAAAGCAGAACAAGGAACACGCUCACAAAUUGUCCGCGCAGGCAGCCAUAGCGGCCAGCGGCGACGGCGAGAAUGGUGGGCAGCCGCAACGGCUGGAGACAACGCUCGAGGAGCGCAUCGAGGAGUUGCGGCAUCGCUUACGCAUCGAGGCGGCCGUCGUGGAUGGAGCAAAGAAUGUGAUACGUACCCUACAGAAUAACAAAGUGCCCGAUAAGAAGGCGUUGCAAGAGGCAAAUAUAAGCCUUAGUGAGUCUUCACGCAAGCUGGAUCUCCUAAGGCACUCGCUUGACUUGCGACGUCUGGAAUUGCCCGUGGAUUCACCGGCCGCACACCAACUAAAAUCGGAGCUGCAGUCGGUACAGCAGGCAUCGUCGCCAAUUCCAGUCACCUACACGUCUCUGCAACCCUUUCACGGCGGUCUGUUGGGCGGAAAACCAUACCAACAGGUCUCCUCACUCGGCCGUUGCGCCAGCGUAUCCGGUAAACUGGAAGUGCGUCUGAUGGGGUGCCAAGAUUUACUCGAAGACGUACCUGGACGUUCGCGACGCGAUAAAGAUAACAAUUCCAGUCCGGGUGAUUUGCGCAGCUUUGUUAAGGGUGUAACGUCCCGCAGCAGUUCGAAAAGUUAUUCAGUCAAGGAUGAGACAUCGUCUGAAAUAAUGGCAGUCAUAAAGCUAGAUAAUAUAACGGUGGCGCAGACAUCUUGGAAGCCUUGCUCGCAACAGGCUUGGGAUCAGCGCUUCUCCAUCGAUCUAGACCGUUCCCGUGAACUGGAAAUUGGCGUUUACUGGCACGACUGGCGAUCCUUGUGCGCUGUGAAAUUCUUGCGUUUAGAAGAGUUCAUCGACGAUGUGCGACAUGGUAUGGCAUUGCAAUUGGAGCCGCAAGGUCUGCUCUUUGCCGAAAUUAAAUUCCUCAAUCCGAUGAUAUCGCAAAAACCGAAGUUGCGUCGCCAGCGUAUGAUAUUCAAUAAACAACAAGUGAAGAAUAUACCACGUGCAAAGCAAAUGAACAUCAAUGUGGCCACAUGGGGUCGUUUGCUGAAACGUAAUACACCCUCCAGCUCGCACCUCGCCACCGAAGGCACAACACGCGGUAAUUCACGCGACAGCGAAUCGCCCAUUUCACGUUCACCAUCGUCCGGCACCAUCGAUGCCGAACCCGAACCGUAUUCACCCGGCCAGCAGGCACGUAAUUUAGAAUAUGAUCCUGAUGCGGGUCUGCACGAUCACGUCGAAACACCUGGUGAAUGCCCUGACCCCGAAGUGAGUGGUCUGAGUGGCAUGCGACCACUUUCGAUGCAGGGCAUUGCAGUGCUGCCACCGGAAGUGCCUUCACAAACUACACAAUCUUCUACACCACAAAAACAACAGCAGCAGCAGCAACAUCAUUUGUCUACGAAAAACAAUAACUUGCAUUUGCAGAUCGCCGGGAAGCAUGGCUCAAUGACGACUGCUGAAGUUGUCGGCGGCAUGCCACUGGGCUCGAGACCCACUUCGAAAUUGCCAACACCCACGCAGACGCAGCCGCCACCCAUUCCGACCACGGCGCCACCUAAACUCGAUCCAGAGUUACAGAGCGCAUUGCGUGAAUUCGAUUUUCUCAAUCAAAUGGACUCGCAGCCCAAUACAUUGCAACGGCCGGUGCAUCAAUACAAUCGACAACAGCAACAGCAACAACAGCAUGCGCAACAGCAACCACCAACACUGCAACCGAAGCCCCAACAGCAGCCCAUGCAGCAGCAGUACAUUGCCUCGGCCGCCCAGCAAACACUCCAGCCAUAUCACACACCACUGCCCACACACCAGCCAAUGCCGUUGCACCAGUACCAGCCACCGGCCGCUGGUGGUCAGGGUCGUCAACAGGGUUCAAUGCCAACAACUCCCGAAGCCAACAGCCAAUCGGUGGUGGCGCCGCAUUUCGGUAAUGCAGCAAUGGCGAAUAAUAAUAGUAAAUACAAUGUGCCGCAUGUGGCACGCCAAACUAGUCAAAGUAGUUUCAGAAACCAGCAGCAGCAGCAGCAGCAGCAAAACUACAAUAAUAAUAAUAGCAAUGCAAAUGCGUCGGUCGGUGGCAUGGCCAAUAUGUACCAUCGUCCAGUAUUGGCCAUGCCGCCGGUGAUAUUGAUGGGCGGCGAGUUGGGGGCCGGCAAUAUGACCAGCCCGAUAAUUGAGAUGCCACCGUCACCAGCGCCGAGCGCAUUGCCGAUUGUGGAGUAUCCCGAUGACGAUGAGUAUGCGGCGCUCGAUGUUGCGCCGACGAGUUACAGCAUCGAUGCCGGUGAUCGUUUCUGUGUCGAGGCGCAUAUCAAUGUUGUACACAUAACAAUUGAACCUUUAACAACAACAUCAACUACAACAACAACAACAAUAUAUCCAACAACAACAACCAUAACAACAACAAAAAGCAUACACAUUGCCGAUAGUAAACAGAAUGAGAUUAACACUUCGCCAACAACAACUACAUCGGCGACACUGACUGAUAAUGAAAUCGAAACCGAAAUCGAACUUGAAACGAAGAGUCUAAGCGAUUGCUUGGAAUCGAAUAAUAGUUCACCUCGAACUGAAUCAGUUACAGUGACGGAAGUGUACGACUACACAAUUGAGAGUGAGAAAUUAGGAACGAAAUGUGCUAAUGAAAAAUCAGUACAGAUUAUACCACAAUUUGGCAAUUUAUCAGUCAACAGCAACAGCAACAAUAAUCAACAACAAAAGCAAUAUGUGCCCGACUCACCGAUUGUACAGGAGCCGCCAACACCCACCGUCUACGGACAGGCUGCGGUGCAGACGCCGCAUUUCCCACAGGCAGCACAGCGUCAAGGCUACGCAUCGCCACCUGCAUCUGCUGCCUACCAGCAGCAACCCAUCUACCAGAAUCAGUACGAGCUCAAUGCGGCUGCCAUGCCGCCGCCGUCAGCCGUGGGCACAGGCGGACGUCGUAAUGUGGCACGCGGUUUACAGUAUCGUGACUCUGCUUACGAGUCACGCCGCCAAUCGCAAGCCAUCGGUGGCGGCAGUGUGCCGCCAGGCAUGCUGUCCAUUGACAAGUUCCGGUUGCUGAGCGUGCUGGGUCGCGGACACUUUGGCAAGGUCAUAUUGUCGCAGUUGCGCAGCACCAACCAAUAUUAUGCCAUCAAGGCGCUGAAGAAGGGCGAUAUUAUAGCACGCGACGAGGUUGAAUCGCUGCUGAGUGAGAAGCGCAUCUUCGAGGUAGCCAAUGCGAUGCGUCAUCCAUUUCUGGUCAAUUUGUACGCGUGUUUCCAGACCGAACAACACGUUUGCUUUGUUAUGGAGUAUGCGGCCGGUGGUGACCUCAUGAUGCACAUUCACACCGAUGUGUUUUCGGAGCCGCGUGCCGUCUUCUACGCCGCCUGUGUGGUGCUCGGCUUACAGUAUUUGCAUGAAAACAAAAUCAUAUAUCGUGAUUUGAAACUGGAUAAUCUCCUUUUGGACACAGAUGGUUAUGUGAAAAUUGCUGAUUUCGGUUUGUGCAAGGAGGGCAUGGGUUUCGGCGACCGGACGGGCACUUUCUGUGGCACACCAGAAUUUUUGGCGCCAGAAGUGCUCACAGAGACGUCAUACACACGCGCCGUCGACUGGUGGGGUUUGGGCGUACUGAUAUUCGAAAUGCUUGUCGGCGAGUCUCCAUUCCCUGGCGAUGAUGAGGAGGAAGUUUUCGAUUCGAUCGUUAACGAUGAAGUGCGCUACCCGCGAUUCUUGUCACUGGAGGCGAUAGCCAUUAUGCGUCGGUUAUUGCGCAAGAAUCCAGAACGGCGAUUGGGUUCUUCAGAACGCGAUGCGGAGGAUGUGAAGAAGCAAGCGUUCUUCCGUUCAAUCAGUUGGGAUGAUUUAUUGCUACGUAAGGUGAAGCCGCCUUUUGUGCCGACCAUUAACCAUCUUGAGGACGUAUCGAACUUCGAUGAGGAAUUCACCUCGGAAAAACCGCAGCUGACGCCUCCAAAGGAGCCAAGGCAUUUGACUGACGAAGAGCAACUAUUCUUCCACGAUUUUACCUACACCGCCGACUGGUGUUGAUAACUCGCAAAAGCGCAGCUCAAUUGUUUUUAAGAUAUAGAGGAAAGCAGCUCGUAUACGCCAACUUGGGAAGCCGGAACAGUGCGAAUGAAUUUUCCGCUUUGGUACUGCGAAUGUUGGCCGUUUGGACACUUAUUAUACCGUUUGAAAUAUUCGAUUUUGUGAAAUGCUUCGCUUUAACUUGUUCAAAUGUUUGGUGUGACCAUCGCUGUUUAUUGUGUAUUAGUUUAAGUAAACAGUAAUUUGAAUAGAACACAUAGCUCGGCUAGAUAUACAAAACAAUAUGCAUUAUUACAUAAUAAAAGAAGCAUGUUAUUUAAGAGAAGGUGAAAAAUUAUUUAUAAAGAGAAAACAACAAUUAUACAUACAUAUACACCUAUAUUAUACGCGAAUAAACAUAUAAAAAUAUAUUAAUGAUUUAUGUAGAGUUCAUUAAAACGUAAAAAAUCGCGAAAUUGAAGUUGGUUUAACUAAAAAAAAGUUUCAAUGUUUUAGAAACUCAACUAAUUAAGUGAAGAUAAUUUUUAAUGUUUGUCAACAAACAACCGACUAACAAAAGCAGCUAUUUGAAAAAUGUGCGCCUAAGAAAGUAUACAAAAUAUCGCGAGAAAGUUGAAGAAAACUUUUAUGCAUUUUUGUUUUUUUUUUUGCAAAAUUUUGUAAAAUGGGAGAUGAAAGUAGAUUUUUAGUAGAAAUAAAGAUAUUGUAUUAUGUUGAAGUCAAGAAAUGUCUGCAUGCCUUUAGAUUAAGCGAAGUUUAAAUUAAGUAAAUUGUUGAUUUUAACAAAAAUUUGGAUGCUAAACAAAACUCAUUUUACCGUUGCACGUUUUUUACGCCAUUUACACAACAUAAAUGGAAAAGCAAAUUGUUUUUGCUAACAGAAAGUAACUGAGUUAGCAAUUCUGCGUAGCAUCCACAAGCAAAAAAUUGUUGUAAAUAUUUUUUUGUCAUUCUUACAACAAGUUUUUCACACAUACAUGCAUAUACACAAGCAAUAAAUACUAAAAAGUAAAGUAAAGCGAUAAAUACGUAUAUAAAUAUACAUACUUACACCUAUAUUCAUAUUAUAAGUAUAUACAGAGAAUAUGAACCGAAAAUUGAAAUGAUACGACUACCAAGUCUAAUCCACAAUCUAAUCUUAUAUGUAAGGUUGCGCUUUCUGAAUUUAUAAUGCAGUUAAAACAAACAGUUAACGGAAAAUAAGUUUCCGAUUUAAAGAGUUCUAUAAAAAUUUGCUCAAACCCUAAGCAUAGAUUGUACCUUUGGUGAUAAGGAGUUGCAAUUUCAAAUCAUGUUUUUGUUAUUUUUGAAAAUUAUAUAAAUUUAAAUUUUGAAUUAAUUUCUUUUUGAAACUAAAGGUGCGUUGAAUUAAACGUCGCCCAAGUAUAAUAACAAAAGUCCAAAUUUUGUCUUAUUUGCUGUUGGUUUUCAAAUACUUUGUAUACAUACAUACAUAGUUGUACAACAAAACGGAUUAUUGUAAAAUUUAGUGAACUGAUCGAACACACCUUUGCUUGCUUUAAGCUAUUUGGCGUAUCUUUGCUUGCACAUGCAUGAUAAUAACUGUAUUCAUCAUCUGUUUGUAAUCGCAUUAUUUAGAAUUAUUGUUUAUAAUAUACAUUUUCCCUAUUAGUUAUUACUUUGUUUUUGAGUAAUUUUAGUUUCUUAUUUUAAUUAUGCUUAAACACUUAUCAAUGAAAAUAUUAAUUUCAAUUGUAAUAAAUACGUAUUAAAUUAA